AUGAAUGAUUUUUCUGUUUUCUCAGAUGAGACAGCUAGGGAGAAGGCCAAGCAGAGCAUGACGGCCAAGUGUCAGGAGUACCUGGACAGGGUGGAGCAGCUGAAGACGUUCCUGAAGAAGACGGAGGGCGUUUCAAACGCAGGCAAACAAGCAAGUAGCAGUCAGGCAGAUGACAAAGGGCUGGUGAAGAACCUCUUCAGCCUGGCAUGGGAGCACAAGCCGUCCAUCAUCUUCAUUGACGAGAUCAACUCACUGUGCGGCUCACGCAGUGAGACUGAAAGCGGGGCAGCCUGGCGCAUCAAGACUGAGUUUCUGGUCCAGAUGCAGGGUGUUGGGAACAACAAUGAGGGAAUUCUCAUCCUGGGAGCCACGAACAUUCCCUGGACGCUGGACUCCGCCAUCAGGAGACUGUUCGAGAAGCGCAUAUACAUCCCGCUGCCAGAGGAGCACGCCCGCUCCUCCCUGUUUAAGCUGCACCUGGGCUCCAACCUCAACAGCCUGACGGAGGCCGAUUUCUUUGCCCUGGGCCGGCAGACAGAGGGCUACUCCAGGGCAGACAUCAGUAUUGUGGUGAGGGAUGCACUCAUGCAGCCAGUACGGAAGGUGCAGUCCGCCACGCACUUCAAGAAGGGACGUGGGGCAUCAUGGAACAACCCAGACGAAGUGGUGGAUGACCUUUUGACUCCCUGUUUGCAGAGUGACCCCAACGCCGUGACAAUGACGUGGAUGGAGGUCCCUGGAGAGAAGCUGCUGGAGCCAGUGGUCUGCGUGACGGACAUGUUGAGGUCCCUCUCAAACACCAAGCCCACGGUGAAUGAGCAGGACCUCGAGAAGCUGAAGAAGUUCACAGAGGAUUUUGGCCAGGAGGGCUGACACACGGCAGUGAUUUGCCCAAACAGACGGAUGCUCUCUUGCUGUCCAUCUCUCCACUUCCUGCCUGACCUGCACUCUGUUCCAUUUUGGGGUUUCCUAAUUGCUCUCGGAAGGGCUUUGGCCCCGUAAAACACUCUGUUGGGAAAAUCAUUAGGGGAUCAGACUGACAGGCAGCAGCAUGCAUACAGGGAUCAUUAUGGAAUGUUCUUUCUGUGGUACACUUGUGAGAUCUGAACAGAAUGUGUGACUGCA